CGCACCAUCUACAUCGGCAACCUGGCUAGCAACAUGACGGCUGAACAGGUGCUCACUUUCUUCCAGCCUUGUGGUGAGAUCAAGUACGUGAGGAUGGCCGGAGACGAGACCCAACCCACCAGAUGAGGGGUUGCUAGUCAAUUUAGUUUACGUUUGCAGUACCUGAGUCUGUGCCCAUAGCCCUUCAAUACAACGGAGCCAUGUUUGGAGAGCGUCCAAUCAAUUGCAGACAUGUUAUGGUCGAGUGAGGGCCUCCUCCCUGCGUACCACGGUCACAGUGGACCAGGAGGGGAGAGGACUGGGGCAGAGGUCGGGUACCCCCAGGAAAGUGCAGUUCAGUAGAGAUGUCCAAACACUCACUACUAGCUCUCCUAGAACCAGCUCUACAUGUAUAGAGACAGUGUGUAAUUUUAAUCAAUGACAUUUUUGUGGAUGUGUUGGGGGCGCAGCAUUAAGGGAAAGUCACAGCUUCCCCAAGGCAAGGGGCGUUCCUGUCUCUUUACAAACCAAGAGAUCCAUAUGGCUUCUAGUUCUAGAGGUGAUCCUGAGAUUCAGAAACAGAAAGGAACAACCCUAGGCUUAGACACAGAGGAUUUGGAUACUCUAUGUGAAGAAUUGUUUGAAGUAAGGGCUAAGUGGCGGACUAUAGGUCUGAAGCUGAGGUUGACUCCUGGUACCCUGGAUGCAAUCGAACAGGGGAAAAUCAAUCCAUCUGAUCGAUUAGAGGCAGUCCUGCUCCAUUGGCUACGGGUGACAAGAGGAGCCUCAUGGAAACAAGUGAUUGAUGCUCUACGGUCAGCUCAGGUUGGUGAAAUACAGUUAGCAGAGAAGUUGGAGCUGAAAUACUGUCCUCCAGAAACUGGCCGCAGGGAGAAAAGGAAAUAUAGAAGCGAUGAUGAACAGCAACUGACAAAUGAUAUCAAAACCAUUGAGAAGAAGUUUGCUAACCUGCAAACAGCAACGAGAGAAUCUUUGAAGAAGAGUGAGACUGUUGACUUGCUUUCCCUGGUAGCCCUCCUCACAUCGUAUCGAUCGUCCCGUGCUGUGAUUGAUAAGGAGAGUAACAUGCUGCUCGCUGACCAGCAGGGUGAUCUCAGAAGGGCUGCUAGUGUUGACGAAAUCUUCAUCAUUAUCUCUCCAUUUUUGUCAUUCCUUGAUUUUGAGAUUCUAGAAGACGUGAUUGCAGCUCAUGGAGCUGACAGCGAUCGACAUAAUUUGGCUACGUAUUUCACUGAGCUCAAAGAUUUUCUCAACACAUGGAAAGUAGUGAAGCCUUGCAAGAUCAGCCGAUUGGAUGAUGGUAAAACUCGAAUGAAACUUUGCUUCAAGCUUGACACUGAUUCUCUUUCAAUUUAUCGUGACCUAAAGGCUGCUAUUGCUAGGAUUCUUAAAGUACCUGUCUACGCUUUACACUUGCAUUCAAUCGAGGAUGGUUCCAUUCAGCUUAUUUUUUUCUUCCUAGGGAUAGUACAAUUAUCAUUUCACCAGUGUGAUCAAAUUGCACAAAUAAUUCCUUCUGUGCUAAAGGUGUCAUUAAUUCAUGGAUCAACAAGUGAAAUCAUCUUUGAGAGAGAGGAUCAGAAUCCAUCUCCUCCUCAUCGCGGUGUCUCUGUAGCGGGUACAACUGUUCAGAGCAAAAUUGUUGUCGGUGCGGGUGGUUUUAAUGUGGAAGAGUUAGGGGGAAAGACAAUCCAAGAAAGCCACGACAAAAAGUGGUAUCAGCGAUUAUUUUCUUGGAGAACAUCACAAAGAGCAGGAGAAGAGGCUGAAUCCAAGACUACACCAUCACCAGGGGAAACAGUUGAGCCCACAGUGACAAGUGUAACAGAGGAGAGUAGUGAGUCACCUACACGGGGGAAAAGGUGGUACCAACGAUUCUUUCCAAGGCAUUCAUCAAGAAGAUAUAGUCAGGAACGGAUGGGAGAGGAGGAUGAAUCCAAGACUACACCAUCACCAGGGAGAACGUUUGAUCCCAUAGUGAAAAGUGUAACUGAGGAGGGAGAGGAGGAUGAAUCCAAGACUACACCAUCACCAGGGAGAACGUUUGAUUCCACAGUGACAAGUGUAACAGAGGAGAGUAGUGAGUCACCUCAUGAUCAUGAGGAGGUGAAGCUUGUUCGAUAUCAUGAGCCAAUACUACCACGUCUUGGACGGCUACCUACAAUACUACUACCUACACUACCACCUACACUACCACCUACAAUACCACUACCUAAAAUACUACGACGACAUACAAAAUCACUACCUAUAAUAUCACAGAGCCUUGAUAUUGAUUUUGAAGUGCCUGAAACUGUGCACUGCUCUCCUGACAGCUCAUAUUCAGGACAUUCAGAGGGAGAAGAGGAUGAACCCAAGACUACACCAUCACCAGGGGAAACAGUUGAGCCCACAGUGAAAAGGGAGAUGAUUGAUCUCCCUCUUUAUCAUCCUUCUUACCCAAGGCGGCUGCCAUUAUCAACACAGAGUUUGCGGCCUCGACUGAGUUCGUCUCAUUGGAGUUUGCCUCGACGGAAUUCACCGACCUUUUCAUCACAGAUAAUACCAAUGGGAGAGGAGGAUGAACCCAAGACUACACCAUCACCAGGGGAAACAGUUGACUCCACAGUGACAAGUGUAACUGAGGAGAGUAGUGAGUCAUCUACACAAGGUGGUACGAAAGAGAGAGAGUAUCAGUAUCCAUCUCCUACUCACAUCAAGUCAAAGUCAUUUCCACCAGUUAUGACCAGACAAGAGUAUAGAAAAAGAAAGGGAAGUCAGAGAGCGUCACGCAGAGCAAUUUAUGAUGAACCAAGGCGUUUCUUUUCUGUUUUACCACAGCCGAGAAGCUGCAUUGAUAGCUCUGACGAUAUCGAGAUCCAUAGUGCAUUAAAAUGACAAAGAGACCAGCCCUGAUUGCAGUUUCUCACCAAAUAAUAGUUAAACUGUAAGAGUCAGUCUAAAACGUUAAUUGUGGCCGGUUGUGUGUGUGUGUGUGUGUGUCUUCUUGAUACAUGUAGGUAUAGUGUAACUUAAACAUUUCGUGUCUUUUUGAAUGUUUAUUUUUCUAUUGAUAUACAUGUCAGUAGCCCUUCAGCAUCACAUCUUGUAAAUCAAACCUAACGCAUUUUUAUCUAGAAAGCCCAUAAUGUACAUUUGUAGCUACAUGUAAUGUCUGUAUUGAUGA